AUGGCGCUAUGCCAACGCGCUAAGUCGCGUGUCGCGUGGGGCAUUUCGCGCAACACAGCCAUCUCUCCGAAAAUCUACCGGCUCUACCACCACAGCAAUGGCUUCCGUGCCAUCAAAAGGCGCCGACCGGUCUUCUCUCUCUUCAGGAAGCAAGCCAAAAAGCACUCCACCUCAAAACAACCACUAUCAGAACGAAGUGAUAAUGACGCUCGAAGUCCGCCAGCAGCACUGCCAGUGAAGACGAAACCGAAGCACAUGGUGCAGAUGCAGCUGGACUUGGCAAGCGAGUCGCGGAAGGCCUGUAAGACAUGCGGCAUGGAGUAUAUACCCUCAAACGCCGAGGAUGCAGCGCUACAUCGGAAGUUCCAUGCCAUGAACGUGGGAGGAGUGGACUUUACCAAGGCUACAGUGGAUCGGCUGAGGAACAAUCAGGUCUGGAGUGGAGGCGAUGGGAGCUUCAUCGCAGCCAUCGGACGGAAAGAUGCGCUUGCGUUGCGCAACAAGACAAGCGACGUGCUGAAGGUCGUCAACACAGAGCUCGGGGCAGUACCAAUAUCGGAUGAGGAGUUGUGGAGUCAGACACGCGCCUCGGGCAAUGUGGGGAAGGAUAGCUCGCGACCAACACCAGUCGAUCGCUUCAAGACAUACCUCUACAUCCGGGGCCAUAAGUGCAUUGGGGUUUGUCUCGCAGAGCGGAUCUGGGAGGCUUAUACUGUGCUAGCUCAGGACGAUGCAUCCGCCCAAACUCGUAAGCUCGCUAUGGAGACAAAGAGCUCAUCUAUCUCGAUCAGCACGGCAACGACACCGGCUUUACUAGGCAUAUCGCGGAUAUGGACUUCGAACCAGCGCCGCAAGCAAGGUAUCGCCUCAAGACUGCUCGACUGCGCAAGGUCCGACUUCUUGUAUGGAUGGACCGUCGAGAAGGAACAGGUCGCGUUCAGCCAGCCUACGGAGAGUGGUGGGAAUCUGGCGCGGAAGUGGUUUGGACGUGAGGACGGAUGGCAUGUGUACAUCGACUGA